AUGAUUUCUCUCUGGAUCUUCUUUCUCGCCAUUUUUGUCUGGCGUCUUCACGUCUCAUACAACCACUUCUCCAAAGUUCCUUAUGCGGUACCCUGGUGCCCACGCGGACGAUUUACUCCGUAUCUCGUUACACAGAUCGUAGGAAUCUGGAACAUUCCAAGUGUUAUGAACAAAGCUUAUCAGGAUUACAACAAAAAAGGCUCUGUUUGUGUGAUCGCUCUACCGUUUAGUGGUCCAGAGAUUCUGCUACCUCGGAAUCUUAUUCGGUGGAUGACCACACAGAAUGACAAGAUCCUUAGCCCGAUUCCUGUGCAACAUGAGGUCGUUGGGGCCAAGUACGCGUUUCUGAACUCCUCGGUUCAGAAGGACUUUGCGGUGUACGAUAUUCUUCGGGCGCAGUUGAAUCGACAUCUUCCGAGAUUGAUACCCAAGAUUGCUGAGGAGUUGGCUGCCUCGAUAGAUGGGACGUUUGGAUUAAAUACAGAGUGGAUUCAAGUUCAGGUAUACACGCUUGUUCGGAGGGUGACGGCAAGAAUCACAACUUGGUUGCUGCUUGGCGGCAUACUCAGCCACGAUGAGGAGCUUGUUGAGAACCUGUCCAAGUUCUCCGCCAGCGUAAUACCCAGUGCUAUCGCCCUAUCAUUCUUCCCUCUAUUCCUCCAGCCGUACGCCUCCCGACUCACAUCAAUCUUCAACCACAUCUACAUGGCUAGAGCCCUCAAGAUCCUUGGUCCCCACAUCGAAAAGAGAAUCAUCGCCGUCGAAGACGACCUAUUGAGGGACCUCCCUCAAGACGAUGUGCUUACUUGGCAUAUCCACGAAGCACUGCGCAAAAAAGAACCCCGAUUCGAUAUGGCCGACGUCAUCGCUUGUCGUGUCUUUGCCACAGUUUUUGCUGCACUCGAAUCAACAACACUGACAAUGACAUGUGCUCUCUUUAAUGUUUGCGCAAGCGACCCUUCCACGCAGGUUUGCCAAUCUUUGGAAGAAGAAGCAGUUGGUGUUUUCCCCGCAAACAUGGAUCAAACAAGUUUGAAUGACCUCCAUGUUGCGGACAGUGUUAUCAAGGAAACAUUUCGGCUUAAUACUGCAAUCAAAGCACUUUCGGUGGAGGUUAUGCAGGAAGGUGGUCUAACAAUUGAGGAUCGUAUGGUUCAUCUGCCUCAACGCGCUCUCGUGAGUAUUUCCGCUUGGGGUAUUCACCAUGGCGAGGAUAUAUAUCCCAAUGCGUAUGCCUUCGACCCAUUUCGAUUCGUGCUGUGGCAUGGGCAGGGUGGUGAGGAGGAUGUUAAGACCCCUCUCUCGACACUCCUUCGGAGAAUUACAUCACAUUUGGGAUUGGAAAGCACUCUUGUCCUGUAA